GCGGCCGAGCGCGGACCUUCCCCACCCCCGCCGCGCCGGGCUCCCCCUCAGCAGCUCCGAGGCGAGGCGGCGGGUGGCCGGACGGGGAGCGAGGAGCGAGGAGCGAGGCCCGAGGCCGGGCGUUCUGCCGCGCCCAGCCCAGCCCAGCCCAGCCCAGCCCGCUCCCGGGACGCCGGGGAGCUGCAGCCAGCCAGGCGGGCCGGAGCGCGCCCCAGCCAGGAGCCAGCCGCGCCGCGGCCAUGGCCGAGACUAAUUUAAAAUUGCUCACAUGGGCUGGCCUCCUCUGUUGUUUGAUAUGGAAUGGAUUUGCUCAGCAAGGUGGAAGCGACUGCAUAAAAGCUAAUGCAAAGUCAUGUGGUGAAUGUAUACAAGCAGGACCAAAUUGUGGUUGGUGUAAAAAAACAGACUUUUUGCAAGAAGGAGAACCAACAUCUGCCCGAUGUGAUGACUUGGCAGCCCUAAAGAGUAAAGGCUGUCCUAUGGAAGAUAUAGAAAAUCCCAGAGGUAGCAAACAGGUGCUUGAAGAUAGAGAAGUAACAAAUCGUAAGAAAGGUGCUACAGAGAAGCCGAAACCAGAGGCCAUUACCCAGAUCCAGCCACAAAAAUUAGUACUGAAACUAAGAGUCGGGGAACCCCAAACAUUUUCAUUGAAAUUUAAGAGAGCUGAAGACUAUCCCAUUGACCUUUAUUAUCUUAUGGACCUCUCCUAUUCUAUGAAAGACGAUUUAGAGAAUGUAAAAAAUCUCGGAACAGCUUUGAUGUUUGAAAUGGGACAAAUAACUUCGGACUUUCGAAUUGGCUUUGGCUCUUUUGUGGAAAAAACUGUGAUGCCAUAUAUAAGUACAACACCAGCCAAACUCAGAAAUCCUUGUACCGGUGACCAGAACUGUACAAGUCCAUUUAGCUAUAAAAAUGUGCUCAGCCUUACCAGUGAAGGAAGUAAAUUCAAUGAGCUUGUAGGUAAACAGCACAUUUCUGGGAAUUUAGAUUCUCCUGAAGGUGGAUUUGAUGCAAUAAUGCAGGUUGCUGUUUGUGGGGAUCAAAUUGGCUGGAGGAAUGUUACUAGGCUAUUAGUGUUUUCCACAGAUGCUGGAUUUCACUUUGCAGGAGAUGGUAAACUUGGUGGAAUUGUUUUACCAAAUGAUGGAAAAUGUCACCUAGAAAAUAAUAUGUACACAAUGAGCCACUAUUACGAUUAUCCUUCUAUUGCUCAUCUGGUACAAAAGCUUAGUGAGAACAAUAUUCAAACAAUCUUUGCUGUUACAGAAGAGUUCCAGGCAGUUUAUAAGGAAUUGAAAAAUCUGAUACCAAAAUCAGCAGUGGGAACAUUGUCUUCAAACUCCAGCAAUGUGAUUCAGCUGAUCAUUGAUGCAUACAAUUCCCUUUCUUCAGAGGUUAUCCUGGAAAACACCAAGCUACCAAAAGGAGUGACAAUCAGUUACAAGUCUUUCUGCAAGAAUGGAGUGAAUGACACACAAGAAGAUGGAAGGAAAUGUUCUAACAUUUCAAUUGGAGAUGAGGUUAGAUUUGAAAUUAAUGUAACAGCUAAUGAAUGUCCAAAGAAAGAACAAAAUGAAACAUUUAAGAUUAAACCACUGGGAUUCACUGAAGAGGUGGAAAUUAAUCUCCAGUUUGUCUGUGAAUGUCAGUGUCAAAGUGAAGGAGAACCUAAUAGUCCAGCCUGCCACGAAGGAAACGGAACGUUUGAAUGUGGUGCAUGCAGAUGUAAUGAAGGACGGAUUGGAAGACUAUGUGAAUGUAGUACAGAUGAAGUAAAUAGUGAGGAUAUGGAUGCUUACUGCAGGAGGGAGAACAGUACAGAAAUAUGCAGCAAUAAUGGAGAAUGCAUUUGUGGACAAUGUGUGUGCAAGAAAAGAGAAAACACCAAUGAAGUGUAUUCUGGCAAAUACUGUGAAUGUGAUAACUUCAACUGUGAUCGAUCAAAUGGUCUGAUUUGUGGAGGAAAUGGUAUCUGCAAAUGCAGAGUGUGCGAGUGUUUCCCCAACUUCACUGGUAGCGCGUGCGAUUGUUCUUUGGAUACUUCACCGUGUAUGGCAUCUAAUGGGCAGAUCUGCAAUGGAAGAGGAACCUGUGAAUGUGGCACCUGUAAUUGUACAGAUCCCAAAUUCCAAGGCCCCACAUGUGAAAUGUGUCAGACUUGUCUUGGUGUCUGUGCUGAGCACAAGGACUGUGUUCAGUGCAGAGCUUUUGAUAAGGGAGAAAAGAAGGAAACCUGUUCUCAGGAAUGUAUGCAUUUCAACAUGACACGGGUAGAAAGUCGAGACAAGUUGCCACAGCCCGGACAGCCAGACCCACUGUCUCAUUGCAAAGAGAAGGAUGUUGAUGACUGCUGGUUCUACUUCACAUAUUCUGUCAACUCUAAUGGUGAACCCAGUGUCCAUGUGGUAGAGACCCCAGAAUGCCCCAGUGGCCCUGACAUCAUUCCCAUUGUAGCUGGUGUGGUUGCUGGAAUUGUUCUUAUUGGACUUGCAUUAUUACUGAUUUGGAAACUACUAAUGAUCAUUCAUGACAGAAGAGAAUUUGCUAAGUUUGAAAAGGAGAAGAUGAAUGCCAAAUGGGAUACGCAAGAAAAUCCAAUAUACAAGAGCCCUAUUAACAAUUUCAAGAAUCCAAACUAUGGACGUAAAGCUGGUCUCUAAGUCUCAUCAUUUCACUUUCCUGUGUGUCCAAAAUUGAUUGUGGUGAAAAUCCUAUUUACAAGAGUGCAGUGACAACUGUGGUCAAUCCUAAAUAUGAGGGAAAAUGAACACUGCUUGUGUAACUUCACAACACUGUAUGCAGCAUAGCGAUUUUUGUAGUCACAGUAAGAUAGAUUUAGGGCAAACUGCAGUGAUUUUACUAAUUCAUUUCAUAUAGGUUUGUUUUCCUGUGCAGGUUUUGAAAAUGUACCAUAUGUAAUUUUUUAUUUUUAUUUUCUUUUUGCAAAUAAAAAUAAUCAGUGCCAGGGGUCUGACAAAAAAACACAAACAAACUUGAGACUGUGUAGCCUAGUCAGCUGAGGUCACAUGGUGCCUUUUUGACCUUUUCCACUCCCGUGCUGUGAAUCUUGGUCUUCUGCAGGGUGUAACACUGCUGUGGCAUGACUGGGAGGGAAAUGGUUAAAGCAAUUAGCAUGAGGGCUCUGCCUAGCCUUUUAGUAUUAAUUUUCUUAGCUUUACAGGGAUAUCAGGGCUUGAGUUUGCAGAUACAAUUAAACCCAUGUAGCAUGGAGCUGGUGGUUCAUUGGUUUUCUACAUGCUAGAUUAAGUAUAUGGUAAGUUGAGUAAGCUGGAAGUGAGCAGUGUAAAAGACUGAAAAGUGUCUGCAUACUUAUUUUUCAGUUGCUUAUUGACAAGUUAUGGUUAAAGUGAACGGGUUUGAGAAGAAUGUUAAGAAGGAAAAAAUAGCUUUAAAGCACGUGCCAUUACUGAAAAAGAAGGGCCUUACAUCAUACAGUGUCUUUGUUCUGUAAUAUUUCCUUGGUUUAAAGCCUGGUGCUUUGUCACCCUUCUAAUCUUUUUAACCUAUUUGGUUGCAGUUCUUUUUUGUAAUAUUUUUGUAUCGACACAAGCUCUUUUUUUUUUUCCUCUUUUUUUGGGCAGUCUUAGCUGUAAAUUUGCCUUUACCCUGUAGCUAAGAUUGCGUAGUUUAUCAUGUGACAUGAGUCACGCCUCAUUCUUGACAUGUGCCAUGUAUAUUUGCCUUUGACCAUUCAAACUGCAUCAUAGUCAUAUUCUUGUUUUAAGUGCCUUUUUAUUUUAACAGAUGUUCACUUUUUACAGUGCUAUUACUGAAGUUAUUUAUUAAAUAAAAGUACGUUAAAAUACUUGAA